AUGGAAGGAAUGGUGAACAUGAGCAGCGACGAGCGGCGGAGGCAUUGGACGCUGGCGGUUGUGACGGUGGCGUCGCUGCUGGAGCGCGCGGACGAGGCUGUGCUGCCGGCCGUGUACAAGGAGGUGGGCGCCGCGCUGGGCGUGUCCCCGGCCGCGCUGGGCUCGCUCUCGUUGUGCCGAGCACUCGUGCAGGCCACCUGCUACCCGCUCGCCGCGUGCGCCGCGGCGCGCCACGACCGCGCGCGCGUCGUGGCCGUCGGGGCCUUCCUCUGGGCCGUCGCCACCAUGCUCGUCGGUUUCUCCCGCACUUUUCUCCAGAUGGCGAUCGCGAGGGGGUUUAACGGCGUGGGCCUGGCGCUGGUGGUGCCGGCGAUGUUCUCCCUGGUGGCGGACUACAGCGACGACACGACGCGUGGUAAGGCGUUCGGGUGGCUGAUGAUGGCGAGCCGCCUGGGUGCCAUGGUGGGGGGCUCUCUGGGCGUGCUGCUCGCGCCGACGACCUUCCUCGGCGUCCCCGGCUGGCGGCUGGCCUUCCACGUGCUCGCGCUUCUCAGCGUCGCGCUCGCCAUCUCGACAUGGCUACUCGCCACGGACCCCCGUCCGGCGAGAAGGUUGAAGAAGACCACGGCCUCGGUUGCCAAGGAGAUGUUGAUGGAGGCCAAGGACGUGGUGCGCGUGCCCACCUUCCAGAUCCUCGUGGCGCAAGGGGUGGCGGGGUCCGUGCCAUGGUCGGCGCUCACCUUCGCUGCCAUGUGGCUGGAGCUCGUGGGGUUCACGCACUGGCAGACCAGCGUCAUCACUAACCUGAACGUGCUCGCCGGAGCAAUUGGCGCACUGUUCGCCGGGUACAUCGGAGAUCCCAUGGCCCGGCGGUUCCCGGACACCGGCAGGAUCGCGCUGGCGCAGGUGAGCACCGCGUCGACCAUCCCGAUCGCCGCCGUCCUGCUGCUCGCGCUGCCCGUCAACCCCUCGGCAGGGGCCGCGUACGCCGCCGUUUUCUUCGUCCUGGGUUUCGUGAUGCCCUGGUGCCCCUCGGCCACCAACAAUCCUAUACUCGCGGAGAUCGUGCCGGCGAAGGCGAGGACGACGGUGUACGCGCUGGACAGGUUUUUUGAGACAAUCUUCGCCUCAUUCGCGCCAACUCUCGUGGGCAUCCUGGCGGAGCUGGUCUUCGGAUACGAGCCGGCAGCGGCCGGGGUCGCGGCCGAACGGGAGAACGCCGCCGCGCUGGCCAAGGCAGUGUUUGCGGAGAUCGCUGUCCCGAUCGCCAUCUGCUGCAUCACCUACUCAUUGUUGUACUGGACGUACCCAGAAGACAGACGGCGGGCGCAGAUGGCAGCUGAUCUCGUGGCGGUGGAAAACCACGACUGUGAGGACGGUUCUGAUGGUUCACUCAGCAAGUACAAUAAGAGGCUGGCCACCGUCGUUGGCGGCGUGGCGGUAACCUUCGUGCCACUAUCGUUGGCGACAGCAUGGUGGUAA